ACACACAAACACAUAAAUUAAAUUAAAAAAAAAAAAUCAAUGCAACUCUGAUCCCAUCCUCUCCCCCUCUCUCUAUAGCUACAAACAAAACAUCUCGCUCUCUGUAAUCAAAAUUGAAGAAGAAGAAGAAAGAAAUGGCGAGUCGAUACUGGGCGGUUUCUCUUCCUGUUCAAAACUCAGCUUCUUCCGUAUGGAACAAUUUGCAAGAACAAAUCUCCAAGCACUCCUUUGAUACACCUCUCUACAGGUUUAAUAUCCCUAAUCUUCGUGUUGGAACCCUCGAUUCACUCCUCUCCCUUAGCGAUGAUCUCGUCAGGUCAAAUAGCUUUAUAGAAGGAGUGGCACAGAAGAUCAGAAGACAGAUCGAGGAAUUGCAGAGGGUAUCGGGUGUGGAGAGCAAUGCUUUGACAGUUGAUGGUGUGCCAGUUGACUCAUAUCUAACCAGGUUUGUUUGGGAUGAAGCUAAAUAUCCAACAAUGUCACCUCUAAAGGAGAUUGUGGAUAGUAUCCAUACUCAAGUGGCAAAGAUUGAAGAUGACCUCAAGGUUCGUGUUGCUGAGUAUAAUAAUGUACGCAGUCAGCUCAAUGCUAUCAAUCGGAAGCAGAGUGGAAGCUUAGCUGUUCGUGAUCUUUCCAAUUUGGUGAAACCAGAGGACAUUAUUGUCUCUGAAAACCUCGUAACCCUCCUUGCAAUUGUUCCCAAGUAUUCACAAAAGGACUGGUUGGCAAGCUAUGAAACGUUGACUAGCUAUGUGGUUCCUAGGUCCUCAAAAAAGUUAUAUGAAGACAAUGAAUAUGCUCUUUACACAGUAACACUAUUUCAUCGUGUGGCAGACAAUUUUAGAACAAGUUCACGUGACAAAGGUUUCCAAAUUCGCGAUAUUGAACAUAGUUCAGAAGCACAAGAGAAUCGGAAGCAAGAGUUAGAGAGAAUAGUGCAAGAUCAAGAAAGUUUGAGAAGUUCUCUUUUGCAGUGGUGCUAUACUAGUUAUGGGGAGGUUUUCAGCUCUUGGAUGCAUUUUUGUGCUGUUCGUGUCUUUGCAGAGAGCAUUCUAAGAUAUGGAUUGCCACCAUCAUUCCUGGCUUGUGUUUUAUCUCCCUCCUUGAAAGGCGAGAAGAAAGUGCGUUCAAUUCUCGAUGGAUUGGGUGACAGUUCCAACAGCACAUACUGGAAAUCUGAAGAUGAAGUGGUAGGAGGGAUGAUGGGUUUGGGAGGCGAUGCUGAUACUCAUCCUUAUGUGUCCUUCACAAUCAAUCUUGUCUGAACCACGCGGGUUCCAAUUUCUUGCUGGUGGGAAAUUCCAAGUCCGAGGAUUCCUUUUGAUAUCAAUAAACGGACGGGAAUGAUGACUGUAUAUUAGCAUUGAUAUCUCAAUUCUUUGGUUUAUUUAUAAUCCGAGCUUGCGAACUCCAGUGGAGUUCUCAUGGAUCACGAGGGGACUAUGCUUGAAGAGGAGAUAUAAUGACGAUAGAUCUUUAUGUUUAACUCCUAUAUUUUGAAGAUGUUACUCGAGUUCAUUAUAUUUGUGGUGAUUGGAUGAUGCACCUUGUCUAUGUAUCAUGAUGAAGAUGACAACAUUUUGUUUCA